CCCCUCCCCCCCCCCGGGGGUCCCCCUCCCUCGUGGCUGCGUUUCCAUAGGAAAGCCAAACUCCUUGGGGACAAUCCAUGGGGAGGGGACAGCGGGGACAUCACCGGGAGGGGACACACCGGGGACAUCCCGGGCUGGGGUUUGGCACUUGAUCCCCUCUGGGGACAGAGCUGGGCUCGGGGUGGGUGGGCGUCGGGGUGGGGGUAAAAUCACCAAAUUGACCAUUAAAUUAAGAAACUUCCCGGUUUUUUUUGUCCCAAUCCUUUGUGGAUUUCGGGCUGAGGGGGGGAGCUCAUAGUGCUUCACAGGGUUAUUAAAAUACAAAUGCUUAAAGUUUCCUAUAUAAAAAUAUACAAAUGCAAAAAUAGAUAUCGAGAGAGAGAGCCGGGGGGGGUGCUGGGGGGGCCGGGCCCUGCGCCCCCUCCCCGGGGAGCUUCUGCUGCCUUUCCUUUUUUUUUUUCUUUUUUGCGUGUUUUUUACGAAAAAAAAAAAAAAAACCCAAAUCAAAACGAGAUUCCUGCUUCCCUCGGGAUGGAGAUGGGGCAGCCGGGGCAGCUCCUCUCCCGAGGGACUCCGGCUCCUCCCCGGUGCCCUCCUCGGUGCCCGCCUCGGUGCCCGCCCCGGGCUCCCGGCUCGGCUGCAGCUUCUCCCGGGACAACGGGGAGUGGGAUAAGGGUGGGGGUACCCGGGGUGGGAAGCACUGGGGGGGGUGUGGGGUGGUCACUCUCCACCUGCCCUGGGGGGGACAGUGGUGGGGAUGGCCCGGGACAGGUGGGAUGGACACCCCAGGACAGGUGGGAUGGCCUGGGACAGGUGGGAAAGACCCGGGACAGGUGGGGAUGGAUGGCCUGGGACAGGUGGGAAUGGCCUGGGGCAGGUGGGGAUGGAUGGCCUGGGACAGGGAGGGAUGGACACCCCAGGACAGGUGGGAUGGACACCCCAGGACAGGGAGGGGAUGGACACCCCAGGACAGGGGGGGAUGGACACCCCAGGACAGGUGGGGAUGGACACCCCAGGACAGGUGGGGAUGGACACCCCAGGACAGGGGGGGAUGGACACCCCAGGACAGGUGGGAUGGACACCCCAGGACAGGGGGGAUGGACACCCCAGGACAGGGGGGGAUGGACACCCCAGGACAGGUGGGGAUGGACACCCCAGGACAGGUGGGAUGGACACCCCAGGACAGGUGGGAUGGACACCCCAGGACAGGUGGGGAUGGCCCAGGACAGGGGGGAUGGACACCCCAGGAUAGGUGGGAUGGACACCCCAGGACAGGUGGGAUGGACACCCCGGGACAGGUAGGGAUGGACACCCCAGGACAGGGGGGGAUCCAUGGACCAGCAGCCAUCCCGGGGAGCUCCCUCUGCACCCCCCAGAGAUUGAGGGGGUCACACCCCGACCCCAAAACGGGAGCAGGGAAUUCAGGGUCCCCUCCUGGGCUCCUCACCCGGGCUGCUCACCCCAAAGCUGCUGCCUGGGAACGAUCCCAAUUUCCUUUUGGGGACCCACCCCCCGCACCCCACAGCCCUGGGGAUGUGGCUGGGGCAGGAAGAGGAGGGUGAGGGAGGAAGAACGGACAGGACCGAGCCCUCCCACGCUGGGAAGAGCAGAAUCCUGGAAAACCCUUUUUUGGGGGUUAUUUUUUUUUUUUUCCCUCCAAGCUGUCCCUAUUUCCAGCACCCCCUUUUUUUUUUUUCUUUUGUCAGGAGCCACCUCCAGCAGUGCCACCACAAAA